AUGGAAGAGGACGGGAAGAAACCCCAUAAGUGUAAGCACUUGGGGUGUGAUAAGACGUACGUCUCUUUGAGGUACCUGAGAGCACAUGAGACCAAAGAACACACGGGCUGUCCUCCCGAGUGUAAGUUGUGUGAAGAAUUCCGGAACAGAAGAAAGACUCGAAAGAAACAUGAAGAUGAUGAUAUUCCCAUUUUAAUGGAACUCCCACAAAAAUUGUGUGAACGGUUGAUGGACGGUAAUGACAAAAUGUUGAAUAAUAGUUAUUUGGUACCUCUUCCUCGAACUCCUUCAGUACGAGCGAUUCUCCAAGACUUCAUCAAAACACUACAAGACAAAGAAAUUGCAGACUUCGCUAUUUCCUUUUAUACAUUGUUCUGUGAAAUGGUUGGACCAUUCUUGCUCUAUGAAAUCGAAAAAAAACAGUAUCAACAAAUACUUACACUUGUGAAGUCAAACGACGAAAUUGGAGAUUACUACGGUGGAGAACAUUUACUGCGACUUGUAGCUAAAUUGCCCCAGAUUGCUUAUGAAAUACGCUUUGACAAAAUGGACGAGCUGAAAGAGUUUUUAGAACACUUAGCACACUUCAUGGAAGAAAACUCCGAGACGAUAUUUCUUGAGAAGUUCUUUAGAAUUAACCCUGACCAAAAGACGUUAUUUUGA